UGCCUCCGCUGAUUUGGAUCCCAGAAGUUGGAAAUAACUCAAUGCCAAGAAGACCCAAGUUGUCAUAGUUUGGUACCUGCUAGAACGAGCUGCCCGUUCCUUGUAGCCAUGGCACCAGGUCCAGAGUCCAGGUAACAACCAAUUCCAUGGGGGAAGGAAAGGUCCCAGAGUACAUAAGCCCUGACGAUCCCAAUUGAUUUUCUUCUCUUCCCCUCUCUUCUUCAGCCUCGUCGAGUUCCAGCAUUCUCUCAAGACUUCAUAAUGCGUUUCUCAACCACUGUCGUUGUCGCCUCUUUGGCCUCGGGUGCCUUCGCUGCUCCAGCAUCCCCAACGGCAACUGACCCUGCGGAUGUCUACGCUGCUCAAGCUACUGCUUUGACCGAGAGCCCAACCAGCAGUGUCAAGGGCAAGGCCUUCGAUCGUUAUGUCUCCAUCUGGUUCGAGAAUACCGAUUAUGAUAUGGCUGCUGCUGAUCCCAACUUCCAAUUCUUUGCCAAGAAGGGUGUCACACUGUCCCAAAACUACGCCGUAACACAUCCUUCGGAGCCCAACUACAUGGCCGCAAUUGGUGGUGAUUACUUUGGAUUGGAUGGAGAUCCAUUCACAGCCGUUCCCUCCAACGUCUCCUCCGUCGUCGAUCUCCUCGAAGACAAAGGAAUCUCCUGGGGUCUCUACCAAGAAGACAUGCCAUACACCGGCUUCGAAGGCUUCUCCUGGGUCAACCAGAAAACCGGAGCAAACGACUACGUCCGAAAGCACAACCCAGCCAUCCUCUACAAUUCCGUUGUAAACAGCGUCGACCGCGCCGCCAAAGUCAAAAACACAACCAUGUUCUACGAAGACCUCAAAGCCGACCAGCUCCCCCAAUGGAUGUUCAUAACCCCCAACAUGACUUCUGACGGCCACGACACCUCCGUAACCGUCGCCGGCGUCUGGCUGCGAACCUUCCUCGAACCCCUCUUGACGGAUGCAAACUUCAUGCAAAACACCCUCGUCCUCAUCACCUUCGACGAAAACGAAACCUACACCAUCUCCAACCGCGUCUUCUCCAUCCUGCUCGGCGACUCGCUCGACGCCUCCCUGAUCGGCACAACAGACUCCAAUUACUACAACCACUACUCGGAAAUUUCCACCGUGGAAGCAAACUGGGACCUCUACACCCUCGGCCGCUGGGACGUCGGCGCCAACGUGUUCUCGGCCGUCGCUGCUAAAACCGGAGAUGCGGACCGCACCUGGUACGCGCCGAACUCGAACGGUGUCCCGUUUGCGGAUUACUACUUCAAUGCCUCCUACGCGGGCAUCUUUAACUCGAAGACCUGGGCCCCGCAGCCGGUGCCGGAUUGUCAUUCUAGGAGAGAGGGACGCACGACGUUGCCGGCGAUUAAGGAGGCGUGGGAGGCGCUGCAGGAUGAAAAUUAUUAUCAUGGACAGUUGGAGAUUCCGGAUGGGGCGCAUCCGCCGGUUUAUCCUUAUUCUUAUUAUAAUAGGGGAGAGAGGAGGAAGGGGAAGUAAUUAGUAGUAUAUGAUCUCUAAUUGAGAUGAGUUUGAGAUGAGAUCGUGUGUCUGAGAGGGUUUUAAUUGGAAUUCAUGAGUUUAUCAGGUAGGCAGCUGUUGAGAAGUCCAUUACUUACCUCUAGACUUCUGCCUGCCUGUCCAUCUCACUCAUCAUAUCCCCCUAUUUCCCCCUCCUCCCCUUUUCCACACCACACACCACCCCCGCAUCAAAAGCCGCUCCAUCGCCA